GAGAUUCCCUUCGGCAAGACCGCGGAUGACAAUGGCGAUCCGCUGUGCGAGCCGUGCGUGCAGGAGCUUGAGAAGACGGGCAUCUUUCGUUCUGUCGACGCGGCUGCGUCGGCGACGCGGCAGCCGGACGUGCUUAAGGCCGGGUGGAAGGCGAGCCGCAACCGCGCAGACAGCGAGGGGCAGCACUCUCAUUCUGUGGCGACGGUGGUCAACCCGGCCACUGAAAUCCACGUCGAUUGCCUAUGUGUCAGCGCUGCCGAGCUGCGGUACCCGAGCAAGCGCAGGCCUGGUCAGUUCAACGUGGCUCCGUUCAAGGGCUGGACCGUGGAGGGCAAGGAGGAGGAGUGCUACGCGGUCAUGGGCGACUUGCCGACGGAGUCGACAGCGGGCUACAGGCGCGUAAGGGUUGGCUUGGGGCCCGCAACAAUCUUGAACACCAACCACCUGGCCCAGGCCAAAUCUCAUAUGCCGUCCCAUGGGUACUUGUCAUUCCAGCUGUGGAACGAUCAGCGCACCAAGGGGAUCCAUCAAGAUAACAUUCUCGGCGCCCAUCUACGCACUUCGCAACUUAAGGGCAAGCAGGACGUCACGAGGAAGGGGAAGGCCCUGAACCCUUACGAGGAGGGCGGGUUGACGCGCGGGGUCAAGAAGCAGAACACCCACGAUGGUGACGAUGACCGUGGCGGAGGUGACGUGGGAGACGGAGCUUGCACGGUUGGUGGUCGCAGCACCGUUGGCGGCAGGAAGAAGGGCGCGGCGUCGGCGGCGGCCUCCUCCUCCGACCAAGCGCCUUUGCAGUCGAUGCAGAUGGCGUCGGUGCAGUCCUUCUCGCCCCUGGCCAACUUGUCCCAGGGCGUGAAGUUCAACAGGGCGGCGACGGAGCCUGGUCGCGCUGGCCCGCGCCUCCCGCAAGCGUCGCCAGGCGGGAAACCUAUUGGAUCUGGCCACAGUGUGCCCAGGAGCGGCCCUCCGACGUUCAAGCUUGACAGUGCUUCCGUUGCUGAGGGCGCCGCCGUAGUUUACUUGCAGUGCCCGGCAGACCCGAAGGAGAAGUGUUGUUACUGGAUCCAGAAGAACGAUUUGACGCAGAUCUUGGCUGGCAAACCCAUGGGGAAGGAGCAGGCGGACGCCAGCGAGUUGAUCGGGAAGCUCGCUAACCAGCGUGCUUACUUUGGGGCGAGGUCUGUUCUCAGUGCCCACAUGCAGCUUGCGGAGAAGGCGCGCAAAGUAAAGGCGUCGGCUGCCGCCCAGCUCGACCCCGAGGUUGAACGGAAGCACCGCGAGGAUCUCAAGAAGGCUGGCGUGCAGUACCCUCCGUCCCAGAUGACUUUCAUGGUGCGGCGCGCGCUUCGCAAGUCCCUGAAGACGUUCGAGGUGGACGCCAGCAACGUGACUGAGAACGACUCUGCGCCCUUCGUAUCCCAGGCAUUGUGCUUUAACUUGGGUGGGGAGGUUCUGUCUGAGGAGUUUGGCCCCCUGAACCCAUGUCUCCAUAACGGUGGUACCACUGCCAAUGAGAAGUUCGCCUUCUUCUACGAGUUCCUGCUUCAAGAGGUCUUCUGCGCGUGGAUAAGCAACGACAUGGAGCACAGCAAUGGGGUGUACACGUUGGCCAGGGUUGUCCUCGAGCAGGUGGCAGCGGAACUUCGCGACCCGAACUUCCCGUCCCAACCCGAGGCGGAGACCGUUGAGAUCCGCCAGUGCGUGAAAUUGAUAACAUCAUCGGGUACAGUGGGCGACGACUGCAACAACUUCGAGGAGAAGGCUGCCCUCGUGCAGGCGGUUGAGACGGCGGCGGGUCAGAAGCCAGAUUGCAUCAGUUCGUUGCUAUGGAAUGGCUUGAAGGGCGCGCCGUUCCACCUGCAGAGCAUCCAGGGCGUUCUCGCGGCAAAGGAUGCUUGGGAGAAGUUCGGCCCGGAGAUCGGGGAGUGCAUCGACUGGCUGAUGGAUGCUUUCGCAGAUGGCGCCACUCGCGACGAGGCCCUGGCGCCCGAGGAGGCAAAGCAAGCAGUGGGGCACGUCUACAACGGCAUCUUCGCUCCGAACCAGGGUUCUGCAACGAUCACUGCCGAGCGCUUGAAGGCCUUCAGGGCUGUCGUCGGCUCUGCCAGGCAGUUGUUCCCGAUGGGCGAUUCGAUGCGCGGCUGGUCUGCAACCUGGGACAAGAAGCUUGCUAUCGAAGGCAUGGUCGCCAAGCAGUUCGCCGUGGAGCAAGCCGUGGACGCCGUCAGCCAGUGCCUCAUGAACUCCAACACGGUGGGCGUUGACAGCCGUACCAAGCUCAUCGAUGCUUUGCAGAAUUCAGUCGGGCUCGGCUCUGACCCCGCGGCGGAGGUCAUCCUCGAUGGCAUUUUCUGGAGGUGGGCGGGCAUCAUUCACGAGAACAGGGCGGCGGGUGAAGCCGACUACGAGGUGGACGAACAAGCACUAUCUACAAUCGCAGGUUUCCUCAAGACAACCAAGCCCAAGCAGGCUAAGAAGGUGGCGCAGUUCUUCGGGGAGUCUCGCAACCUGGCCAAGUCGGCGAUUGCCCUCCCUACCUUUGGGGCGACGCCAAUGGAAGCUGCCAGGCACGAGCGCAUCUUCCGUGCAAUCCAGGUCGGGCUGAGCCACGCGAUGGCCGCCAAUGACAUCGGCAACGACAUCGAGGAGACGGCGGUGACCAAGCGGACGUCAUGGAAUACCACCGUGGGGUUCCACAAGGAGAUGGAGCACGAGAUCAAGAUGGUGGCCGAAGCAAUCGGCGCGGAGUCUAAGAGCACGUUCGAUGCGAUGUUGAACUCCUUGAAGCAGGUGGGCCAGGGCGGCAAGAACGGCCGGAGCUGGCUGGAGGGCUACAAGGGGCGUAGCCUCAAGGCCUUGGUGGCCCACGGGUGCGGCGCUCUCACGGCGGAGGGCAUCGACCUCGGCAAGAUCUCCGCCUUGGCAGGCGAGGUGGAGAAGGAGUUCGGCAUCUACUGCGACAAGUGCGAGGCGGUGGGCCUCGAUAAGCCUCCCCGGGCUUUCACGGACGGCGUGCUGCGCGCCAUCGACCAGGCCAGGUCGCUUGAGCACGUGGCGAGCUUGGUGAAGCUGCUCGACACGACGACGGACCACGGGCUUCUCUACGAGGCCACCAGGAAGCUGGACCACGCGCUCAAGAAGGGCUUGACAAAGCUCUCGCCGAUCGACGUGCUGCCAGCGCUGCUGCACAAGAAGGUGGAUGCGAUUCUCGGCUGA